GUGUUGAGCGUCAGUCUUGUAGGUGAAGCAUAAGAAAUCGCAUAUACAACACACAAAAUAAUUGUGUGUUUUUUUCGUGCAUAUUCUAUUUACACUCGGUUGGUGUUUUUUUCUUCGAAUUGUUAGUUCCCGUUUUAGAAUUUAACGCAAAAAAAAUCAAAAAAAUACGUGAUUAAUUUCGUUUGUUGAUCAAAAUUGAGAAAGUGCCGAGAAGCCGACGGUGAAAAGUUCAUACGACGAAACAUUUUGCGCACUGACAAUAAAAUACGUGCCGAAUAGAAUAUGGAAGAUUUGGUUUGGGCCAAAAUGAAGGGCUUUUCGCCGUGGCCAGGACGUAUCUGCUACCCGCCUCCAGAAUUAGGCCAAAAACCAAAGAAAUCCAAAGGACCAGUGCGUUGCAUUUUCUUCUUUGGCACAUGCAAUUACGCAUGGAUUGAAGAGAACAACAUAAAGAAUUAUCUCGAAUUCAAGGAGCAGUUGAUAAAGUCGAGCAAAACGGCAGCGUUCAAAGAGGCGGUCCAAAAAAUCGAAGAAUAUAUCUCGGAUCCAGUGAAAUUCCGUUGCAAUGCCGAACCAGCUGUUGUACAUGAAGAUGUGAACAAUGACACAACUGAAAGUGUUUUCGAUAAGAUUAAGUUGGAGGAAGCAAACCACGAAGAAAACGAUCGAGGUGAAUUAGUUGCUGCUGCUGUUGCAGCGGCCGUUGCUGAACCAUCACCGAAACCAAUCAAGAAAAAGAUAGAAAAAACGGAGAAGCCAGCAAAAGCACGAUUGACUGUAGUCAAAAAUAAACUUCAAGAUGAGAAUGAAUUGGCACCGGCUCCAAAACGCAGCCGACACACUUUGGGUGAUCGCAAUUAUGAUGGUGACCAUGAUCUUAGCUUUUCAACAACACCCCGCCGCAACGAUGCUGUAAAUCAACUUUUGAACCGACCGCAGGUGCAGGUGCAACGUCCCGAUCCACCAGAAAUCAAUAUGCAAGCCGUAUCAGAAACACUAAAAUCGAAAAACAUUAAUCCGUCUCCGUUGCGGUUUGGUUUCCUUGGUUUGGGCAUCAUGGGCGGUGGUAUUGUUAAGAACUUGUUGAACUCAGGGCACAAGGUCGUCGUUUGGAAUCGUACACUUGAAAAAUGUCGUAAAUUUGAAGAAGCUGGCGCUGAAAUCAUGCCAACACCAUGUGACGUUGUUGAUAACGUGGACAUUACAUUCUCUUGUGUAUCAGAUCCAUGGGUUGCCAAAGAGAUGGUGUUCGGAAAUUGCGGUGUUUUAUCGUCAAAUUCAAUGGUUGAUGGCAAAGGCUAUGUUGAAAUGACUAGCAUAGACGCAGAGACCUCACAAGAUAUUGCAACAAGUAUCAUUCAAAAAGGUGGCCGUUACUUGGAAGCACAGAUUCAAGGGUCAAAGAAUCAAGCAGAAGAAGGUACAUUGAUCAUUUUGGCGGCUGGUGAACAAACACUGUUCGAGGAGUGUCAGACUUGUUUCGAGGCAAUGGGCAAAAAUUCAUUCUAUUUGGGCGAUGUUGGUAAUGCAUCAAAGAUGAAUCUUAUUUUACAAAUGUUAGCUGGUGUGUCAAUCGCAGCCGUUGCUGAAGCAUUAUCUUUGGCAAGCAAAGCUGGUUUGCAGCAAAAAGACGUCCUCGAGGUACUGGAGCUUACGAAUAUUUCGUCAAAUUUGAUGCUUGAGAAAGGAAAUGUUAUGGUUAAGGGUGAAUUUCCAACUCAUCAGCCACUAUCACACAUGCAAAAGGAUCUUCGACUCGCCUUAGGUAUGUCCGAAUCGCUCGAACAUCCACUCCCAAUCACAGCGACCAUCAACGAAAUCUAUAAGCAAGCCAAACGGACUGGUUACUCGGAGCACGACUCAUCUGCAAUUUACUUGAAGUCAAAGUUUUAGACAUAGAUUUGAAGAAAAACAACAUUCGACCAACUAAAUGAAGAAACAAAAAAUCAACCAACAAAACACGAUUUCACCAACAUUAAUUUUUAGACAAAUUCUAAUGAUUAGAACUGACACGUUUCAUCUCCACACAUUUUAGCGACCAGCUUCGUAUACUUUUGUCUUAAACCAAACGAAAAUUAAAUAAGAGCCAUUUUUCAAUUUGUGUAAAUCACCAAACUAUGUUACGCCACACAAAUUAUUGUUAGGAUUCGGAGUAUUUUUCACCUUAUGUGGAAACGAUGAUGAACUUAUUUCAAUCGACAAUAAUUGAAAUGGGAUUAUGAUAUAUACAUUCGUUACACAAACAUUUUGAAGUUCAAAUGCAUUUUUUCUUCUUUUUUUUAAAAAUAACAAGAGUAGAUUGAACAUUUUAGUAAAUUUACGAAGAAAAUUCAGACGGUUACAUAUUUUGAAAGUAAAAAUAAACUCUUUGUUCAUUAAUUUGUAUUCAAUUGCAAAAAAUAAGACUUCAAAUGCAUUCAAUACGGCUCUUUGCUAUAGUUUUUUCUCUAUAAAUUUGCAUUAAACAAUAAAAACAAACUUCGUUCGUCUAAUCUAGAAAGUUAAAUCAUAACAAGUUCUUAGUAAAAAGAAUAAAUUCGAAGGUGGAAGUAUUUUUCACAUUUGCUUUAAAAAUAUUAGAAAAGAAAUAAAUAUUAAGUUCCAUUUUCGGUGUGUAAUGAUUUCUUUAUUUUAUGAAAAGAUGAAAAUUAUAUCAAAUAGAAGUAAUAAAGAGAAAAAUAAUCCUGAA